AUGACUGCCGAGGCAAAGAUUCCCGCCUCUCUGGAGGAAGAAACCGCCGUCCAAAGGCUUGACGAAAGGACGUUUGCCGCAAAUCUCUCGCCCAGCUUCUGCAUAGGCGCCGUCCCAAAUGGCGGCUACGUUGCCUCCGUCUUCCUGCGCGUAGCAAAGGAAUAUCUCGCACACAAGAACCUCACAGACACAAUCACCGCCCACUGGGAGUUUCUCAACCGCACCAUCUCCGGCCCGGCUGUUCUCGUCGUCGAGGAAGUAAAGCCCGGCCGCUCCAUCUCCGUGCUGCACAUCACGCUCUACCAGGGCAACCUACUAUCCCAAGCGCCAUGGAUCUCGACGGGCUCGCCAAAGUCGGAGAGAGUCGUCGCCGCGUAUCUAACAAACAGGAGCAUCGCCGCGGAAAACGGCAUCAGCUUGCCCACGGGAUGGUUGCUGCAGCCUCGGUUGCCGCCGCCGGCUGAUUUUGACAAGAUGCUCGCCAACAAGGAUCCGGAAUGGGGAGCCCUGGAUCUUUUGAUUCAGCGGAGAGUCACUGCCGUUCAGCAGCUUCGUUUCUUUUACAACCGCGCCGCUUUUAUGAAAUCUGGAACUGGCUCCUCGUUUGACUUGUGGAUGUGUACCAGCAACGGUGAGCCCUUGAAAGCUACAUCUCUAGGCUUCGUCGUCGACUGCACGGCGGCUUUCAUCCCCGAGCUACACCGUCCUCGAUCAGAGGACGAUGCUCCCGUUGCGGGAGGCGAAUUCACGCGCAAGACUGCGUUGUGGUAUCCUACGUUGGCUAUGAAUCUAGAGGUGAAAAAGGCGUUGCCGGCAGAGGGCGAACGGUGGCUCUUUGUGCGAACAACGUCCAAACAGGCUUACAACGGUCGAUUUGACGUCGAGGUUAUUGUCCUUGAUAGGGCAGGGGAUUUGGUUGCUUUGAGCCAUCAUGUGGCCAUGAUGGUCAACUCUACGAAGAACACGGCCAAGAGGGCUUCGUUGGCUGGAAUUACAUACAAGAUGUGA